UCACCGAGCCGAGCCGAGCAGCAUGUAGCACCUGGAUCUAUUUAUUUAUUUUAUGAUUUUUUUUUAAGAGGAGCGUGUGUGAGUGUGUGAGUGUGUGUGUGUUCAUCCCCGCUGCUCUGCACCUCUCGGUCGAUGGUCGUUGAGGAAGCUUCCAUCUUGAGUCCCGUAUCUACCGAGAGCACCAUGGCGAGCGACUCCCCUGCACGGAGUCUGGAUGAGAUAGACCUGUCUGCACUACGGGACCCAGCCGGUAUCUUCGAGCUGGUUGAACUGGUUGGUAAUGGCACCUAUGGGCAGGUCUACAAGGGUCGCCAUGUCAAAACAGGACAGCUUGCUGCAAUCAAAGUCAUGGACGUCACAGGAGAUGAGGAGGAGGAGAUUAAAGCAGAGAUCAACAUGUUGAAGAAAUACAGCCACCACAGAAACAUCGCAACCUACUAUGGAGCCUUCGUCAAGAAAAACCCUCCGGGCAUGGACGACCAGCUGUGGCUGGUGAUGGAGUUCUGCGGCGCCGGCUCCAUCACAGAUCUGAUAAAAAACACCAAAGGGAACACUCUGAAGGAGGAGUGGAUCGCCUACGUCUGCAGGGAGAUCCUCAGGGGUCUGACCCAUCUCCACCAACACAAAGUCAUCCACAGAGAUAUUAAAGGCCAGAACGUGCUGCUGACGGAGAACGCAGAGGUGAAACUAGUGGAUUUCGGUGUGAGUGCUCAGCUGGAUCGUACGGUUGGACGCAGGAACACGUUUAUUGGGACUCCGUACUGGAUGGCGCCCGAGGUCAUCGCCUGCGACGAAAACCCCGACGCCACAUACGACUUCAAGAGUGAUCUGUGGUCUCUGGGUAUCACAGCGAUAGAGAUGGCAGAGGGAGCGCCACCUCUGUGUGACAUGCAUCCAAUGAGAGCGCUCUUCCUCAUCCCCAGAAAUCCCGCCCCCAGACUCAAGUCUAAGAAGUGGUCGAAGAAGUUCCAGUCCUUCAUAGACAGCUGUCUGGUGAAGAGUCACAGCCAGCGGCCGAGCACCGAGCAACUCCUCAAACACCCGUUCAUCAGAGACCUCCCCAACGAGCGGCAGGUCCGCAUCCAGCUGAAGGACCACAUCGACCGCACCAAGAAGAGGAGGGGGGAGAGGGAUGAGACGGAGUAUGAGUACAGCGGAAGUGAGGAAGAGGAUGAAGAGAGGGAAAUAGGAGAGCCCAGCUCGAUCAUCAACAUCCCCGGUGAGUCCACUCUGAGGCGGGACUUCCUGCGUCUGCAGCUGGCCAAUAAGGAGCGGUCGGAGCUGAUCCGACGCCAGCAGCUGGAGCAGCAGCAGAAUGAGGAGCACAAGCGCCAACUGCUGGCCGAGAGGCAGAAACGCAUCGAGGAGCAGAAAGAGCAGCGGCGACGGCUCGAGGAGCAACAGCGUCGGGAGCGUGAAAUGAGGAAACAGCAGGAGCGCGAGCAGAGGAGGAGGUACGAGGAGAUGGAGCAGCUCCGCCGAGAGGAGGAGAGGAGGCACGCGGAGAGGGAACAGGAGUACAAGAGGAAGCAGAUCGAGGAGCAGCGGCAGGCGGAGCGUCUGCAGAGGCAGCUGCAGCAGGAGCGAGCGUACCUGGUGUCUCUGCAGCAGCAGCAGCAGCAGGAUCCACAGCGGCCGCCGCAGGACAAGAAGCAGCUGUAUCACUACAAAGACCAAGCGCCUGGUACCAACGACAAGCCGGCCUGGGCCAAAGAGGUGAUGCGUCGAGCUCAGAGUAAUUCUCCUCGCAUCCCUCCUAAGAAAUAUCACUCCUUCAACAAACCUCGAGACGCCAACCUGGACAACCUGCUGUUGUUGCCGGGUUACAAGCCGCGCCGGCCCCGCCCCCCCUCCUACCCCGCACACGUCAGCCCCUCCAGAGGCCACCAGCUGCACGUGCCCCGAAUCCGAGUCACCUGCGUCCCCGAACACGCCUCCUCCUCCUCUUCCUCCUCCUCUUCCUCCUCUCAGCCAGUGAUGCGCAGACACAGUCCUGACAACAGGGGCCAUGACAACAGAGGCCCCGACAACAGGGGCCGGAGCCCAGGCCGCCGGGUGGAGGAGCAUUAUAAGAUGAACAGACAGACUUCUCCUGCGUUGCAGCAUAAAGUCUCGAACCGGAUCUCGGACCCGUCGCUGCCGCCUCGCUCCGAGUCGUUCAGCAGCGGAGGCAUCCAGCAGGCCCGGACCCCCCCCAUGCACCGCUCCGUAGAACCACAGGUUCCUCAGAGGACAACGUCUAUCUCUCCUGCUCUGGUCAGGAAGAACUCACCUGGAAACGGACCCGGCCUCGGACCACGGGCCGGAGCUCACCUCAUACGGGCCAGCAACCCCGACCUGCGGAGGACCGACGUUUCCAUGGAGACGCCCCUGAAGAGGACGAGCAGCGGCGGCUCCUCCAGCUCCAGCACCCCCAGCUCCCAGGGAGGCUCCAACGAACGAGGUAACUCAGUCCCGAAGAUUGACGGUUCGACUCUGUCUUCCCACGAGACCAAAGACGACAGCAGGGAAGUGUCACGACCCAGCAGGCCUGCAGAUCUGACGGCUCUGGCCAAAGAGCUGCGGGAGCUCCGGCAGGGCGAGGAGACGAGCCGCCCGCCUGUCAAAGUGACGGAUUAUUCGUCGUCCAGCGAGGAGUCUCACAGCAGCGAGGAUGAGGAGGGAGGAGAAGGAGGCUCCAACGACGGCUCGGUGGCCGUCAGCGAUAUCCCUCGAAUCAUGCCGGCGGCGAGUCAAAGCACAAACGAGCCCUUCGGGAUGAUGGGAGGUCAGAACGACAUGCACGGCGACUCAUACGGGAACAGCUCCCAGGACGGCACCCUGAUGAUGCGUGAGUACGGGAUGGGGAGCGGCAGCGGCUCCAAAUCGUCCUUCACACCGUUCGUUGAUCCGAGGGUUUACGGGACGUCACCGACUGAUGAUGAUGAUGAUAACAUCUCUGCCUCAGCGCUGUUUGCUGAUGAGCUGCUGAAACACGAGCAGGAGCAGGCGCGGCUCAACGAGGCCCGAAAGAUCUCCGUGGUGAACGUCAACCCGACCAACAUCCGACCGCACAGCGACACGCCCGAGAUCCGCAAAUACAAGAAACGCUUCAACUCUGAGAUCCUGUGUGCAGCUCUGUGGGGAGUGAACCUGCUGGUGGGAACAGAGAACGGCCUGAUGCUGCUGGACAGAAGCGGUCAGGGCAAAGUUUACAACCUGAUAAAUCGACGGCGCUUCCAACAGAUGGACGUCCUGGAGGGACUCAACGUCCUCGUCACCAUCUCAGGGAAGAAGAACAAGCUGCGUGUCUACUACCUGUCCUGGCUGAGGAACAGGAUAUUACACAAUGACCCCGAAGUGGAGAAGAAACAGGGUUGGAUCACAGUCGGAGAGCUGGAGGGCUGCGUGCACUACAAAGUCGUGAAAUAUGAGAGGAUUAAAUUCUUGGUGAUCGCUCUGAAGAACGCCGUUGAGAUCUACGCCUGGGCUCCUAAACCCUACCACAAGUUCAUGGCCUUCAAGUCGUUCACUGAGCUGCAGCAUCGCCCCCUGCUGGUGGACCUGACUGUGGAGGAGGGGCAGAGGUUAAAGGUCAUCUACGGCUCCAACGCUGGCUUCCAUGUGAUCGACGUGGACUCUGGGAAUCCGUACGACAUCUACAUCCCCUCACAUAUUCAGGGUCAGGUGACCCCGCACGCCAUCGUUGUUCUGCCCAAGACGGACGGCAUGGAGAUGCUGCUGUGCUACGAGGACGAGGGCGUCUACGUCAACACCUACGGACGCAUCACCAAAGACGUGGUGCUGCAGUGGGGCGAGAUGCCCACCUCCGUCGCUUACAUCCACUCCAACCAGAUCAUGGGCUGGGGAGAGAAGGCCAUUGAGAUCCGCUCCGUGGAGACGGGACACCUCGACGGAGUUUUCAUGCACAAGCGAGCACAGCGACUGAAGUUUCUAUCGGAGAGGAACGACAAGGUUUUCUUCGCCUCGGUGCGUUCUGGAGGCAGCAGCCAAGUCUUCUUCAUGACCCUCAACAGAAGCUCCAUGAUGAACUGGUAACCCUCCACAACUCUCCUCCUCUUUCACUCUGAACGUCUCCCACCACCAGGAGAGAGGGAGCGAGGGAUGACGGGAGGAUGGUGUGUGUGUGUAUGAGUGUGUGUGUGAAGUGCAGCGGACCGCCGAGGAAAUCAUCAGCUGGAGGAUUGGAGGAGUAAAAAUCACCCACCUACAGUAGCUUCCCUCCAUCCAGCCACGAGGACACAGACACCCACCCCUCCCCUCCCCCCUCCCCCCCAUACGGAGCCUUCGGGUGCCGGCCAGGUUCGGGUGGACGACGCCUCUCCGCCUUCCCCUGCGGACGUUUGAGUUUCAAAGGACGCCGACAUCACGCCGAGUAGCCUUCGACUUCCUCGUUUGACUGAGCGGGAUUCUGUGGACGAGUUCUCUGUGUAGCACAGCGAUGAUUUUCUUUCAGGGUGUUCACACUGCGAGUACGUCGGUCAGUCUGUUGCUACUCGACUAUUCUGACUGGUUAUAGUCAGAAAAUACAGCUGGGGAUCAAAGUAGCAUCCGAAGAGGGAAAAACUUUUUAAAAACUUGGAUGCAACACUUGUAGAUGUUAAUAAAAAAAAAGAAAAAGUUGCAAAGAAGCUUUUAAUCACUGCAAUGUGCUUCUGGACUAGUUUGCACUCUCCUAACUAUCUCCUAAGAUGUUAAAGCCAACCCCACAAUUUAUGCUUUUGCCCAUUCUGGUCCGAUUUAAGGGGGAAUUAUCAGCUGGCUUUAAACCAAAAUCUCUGAGAGUUCACCCACAGUGAGCCGGCUACAUUUUCUCCUUCAGUUUUGGCCUUAAAUCCUCUCAAAGGCUUUUUUCUCACCUGAAAACUGAGCUCAAAAAAUGAUCAAUACAUCCAAAAAUUCCAGCUGUAUGUUUGACUAUGAAAAGUAGGGCUGGGAAUCAGUACUCCAUAUCUUUAAGAUAUUGAAAUAUGGAAAUAAAUCGAUACCAAGUAGUAUAGAAAACACCUGCAAUCGAUCCUUUUUGCACCCAGAGCUAGAAAAUAUGACUGUUAGUAUGGAUUCGCUCACAUCCAAUCAAUGCAAGCGCUCUUUAAUUAAUAAAUAUUAAUAAUCUGAAGACUUUCAAAAAAAAUCAAACCAUUUAAAUGUGGAGGAGUGGAGGCAUUUUAUACAAUUGAAUGCUUUCCUUCACACGAUGGGUAUCUAAUGGUGCUGGUGCAAGUUUUUUUAAACUAUAUCCAACACUAGUGAAAAGGGAAAAUUUAAAUUUAAAUGAAUUAAAGGGACAGUAACAGAGUUAAGAAGACGCUGCUGAAAAGAUGCACAAAUGACGAACUUUCCUUAUAGUUCAGCUUUUUAUUGUGGAUGGAAAUCUUUAUGAAAAUCAGCCACGAGCCAAAUGUUGGAUUAAAAUCAUAAAUAUAACAUCAUCAUUUUAUUUGGUUAUCGGUUUGGCUUCUAACCGCAGAAGCUCGACUGAUUCUGGAGGUUUUAUCUUCACAACAUCUCGUAGCAAAAAGACCUCUGUAAAAAAUAAAUAGAUGACAAAAAAAAUAAAAAUAAAAGCUCCCAGUGUGAACACUCAUUUAUUCAGAGUACUGCUGCUGAAACACCCUCGAAGUCUUUUCCCCUGUAUUAAGGAUUUUUAAAAAAGGACCAAAAAUAAACACAAACAGGAGCAGUGGAUGUCGGAGAAAUGAGACUUUUUUAACGUGUGUGAUUGCGGAUGCUGCACAGCUACUGAGGCUCACUGUGUCCUGUAUAGGUGUGUCUUCUCUUCUCUUCUCUUUCUUAGUGGAAGAAGAGAAAAAAGGAAGGUUGUAGAUAUUGUAUUAUUUCUGCAACACAAUAAUAAAAAAAUAAUAAAAACUUCUCACAAAAGUUUCACACAAGCAGAAGAAGAAGAAGAAGAACUUUGGCGUUAGAAGUAGGAGUUUUUACUUCUUUUUUUCUUUUUCUUUGCUUCCCUUUUCUUCUUGUUUCUUUUUUUCUGUCCCUGCUGUUCUGUGUGCACUGCACUCGUGUAAAUACUCACUUUUUGAUGUUAAGGUUAAUAAAGACGGAGUUUGGGAGAAAAAGCAGGUGAAGACACUGAAGAAAAAAUAUAAUAAUAACAAUCAUGCUUUUUAUUUUUAAUUUGUCAUACCUCUGUAAAAUCUGUCUGUACUGUAGUUUCUGACCAACCAACGAGCCAAGAGACUGUUUGGUGGUUAAAUACAAAGUUUCCUCUUUUUCUCUGUAGUUCAUCGCUGUUGAUUUAAUUGUGCUUUUUUUUUUUUUUUUGUUGCAUGACGACAAAUUAUUGUUUAUAGUUUUGUUUAAUCUGUUGAAUUGUAAGUUUUAAGGCAAUACACUGGCUGGUCUGACAGUAGAAGUCUCUAUGUGAAAGAGUCGUGAAUUUACAACAUCCUAACUUUAGCACCAGUCGGAUGACUUUAUAUCAUGCACUGGAUUAUUCUACGUUCUUUUUCAUGGCAUUUAUAUAUUUUAGGCAUUUUAAUGGACGCUCGUACCCAGAGCAGCUUAUAUAGAGUCAACAGGACGAGGGCAUCGGAUGAUAUUUUCUAUUUUUUAAGGGUUUACUCUUUGACGAUGGUCUCUGUAAACACUGGUGGGAGUGUAUGUGUGUGUGUGUGUGUGUGUGUGUGUGUGUGAGGGUGGGAAAGGGGAUUACAAAGAAAGUAA